ACCAUCUAUGUUCUACAUCAGCAUCGUCAUCACUGCCAUUUAUGGAGUCAUCAUAGUCGUGGGACUAAUCGGUAACAUAACCCUCAUCAAGACAUUGUCUUCCUCUAAAUCCAUGCGGAAUGUCCCCAACCUCUUCAUGUCGAGUCUCGCGUUCGGGGACUUGGUCCUCCUGGUUACUUGCGCGCCGGUGGAUGCCAGUCGGUACCUCGCGGACGAGUGGCUCUUCGGUAGAGUUGGAUGUAAACUCAUACCAUUCAUCCAACUCACCUCCGUCGGAGUGUCUGUUUUUACCCUGACUGCGUUGUCUGCUGAUAGGUACAAGGCAAUCGUGAAGCCCAUGGACAUCCAGGCAUCCAACGCCCCGGCGAGGAUCGUCCUGCGGGCUGCAGUGAUCUGGCUCUUCUCCAUGACCCUGGCUGUCCCCGAGGCUGUCUUCUCAGACCUCCGCUCAUUCAGCAUCCACAGCACCAAUGAGACCUUCAUCACCUGCGCCCCCUAUCCCCACGAUGGUGAACUGCACCCCAAGAUCCACUCCAUGGCCUCCUUCCUCAUCUUCUAUGUCAUUCCUCUGUCGGUUAUAUCAGUCUAUUACCUGUUCAUCGCCAGGAGCCUGAUCAGGAGUGCCUAUAAUAUGCCGGUGGAGGGCAACGUGCACGUCAGAAGACAGAUAGAGUCCAGGAAGCGCCUUGCCAAGACCGUCCUGGUGUUUGUGGGCCUGUUCGCCGUGUGCUGGCUCCCCUGUCACGUGAUCUACCUCAACCGCUCCUACCACUACUCCGAAGUGGACACCUCCAUGGCCCACUUCAUCUUCACCGUGGGAGCCCGUAUCCUGGCCUUCACUAACUCCUGUGUCAACCCCUUCGCCCUCUACCUGCUCAGCAAGAGUUUCCAGAAGCAGUUCAACAAGCAGCUGUGUUGUUGUUGUCGAGCCCUGGCGAAGAGGUCCCAGAGCCAGAGGAGGAACAGGAACAACAUACACAUGACCUCCCUCAAGACCACCAACCACUCAGUGGCCAGUCUGAGCUUUAUUAAUGGAAAACACAUCUGUCAGGAGGACAGUGUGUGAGAGACAGAUGGGUGGAUGGUAAGAGAGAGACAGACAUACAGGUCUACCAAGAGGAGAGAGUGUGAG